AUGUCCCGUUUUCUCCACCGACUAAAUGAAGCAGUCAAGCUGCAUGGCGACGAAGAAAAGCAUGAGAAGACUGAUUCUUGGUGCAAUCGGGACUUAGUGCCUAUGCCUCCUAGUCGGCGCACAUGGGGGCUUAUGGAGUACUAUGGCUACUGGUCACUGUGUUCUUUGAACGUCUCGACAUGGCAAAUUCCCAACACUUAUCUCACAGCCGGACUAUCGGUAGGCCAAUCCAUGGGCGUUACAAUAAUUUCCUCUUUUGUCAUUGGAUUUUUCUCUACUGUCAUCGCUUGGUGCGGUCUUCGUUGGCACAUUGGAUUCACGAUUCAAAAUCGGUACUCAUGGGGCAUGCGGGGGAGUUAUCUGCCGCUUUUGCAGCGAGUAUUGCUCAACUUUAUUUGGAACGCCAUUCAAUGCUGGAACGGUGGUAAGCUGGUAAAUGUCUGCAUUACUGCGGUUAUGCCAAAGUUUGCAAACUUGCCGAAUCACUUACCAGCUGACUUCCCGGCCACGGCGUCGGAUAUGGUGGGGUUCUUCAUCUUUUGGCUCUGUUCCCUGCCGUUUUUGUAUCUGCCCCCGGAGAAAUUUCGCCGGCCCUUCCAAAUUACCAGUGUAUACUGUGCGACUGGAAUGAUAUGCAUGCUGAUAUGGUCCUUGUCAGUAGCCAAAGGCGUGGGUCCAGUAUUCUAUUCUCCACAGGCUACUAGUUCUUCAUCAUGGUCCGUCUCAUGGAUUAUCAUGAGCUGCAUCAAUUCCGGUGUGGGUAGCGUGGCUGCAGGUAUGACCAAUGGCUCGGAUUUCUCUCGAUACAGCAAGUCGAGAUGGGGUUAUGUUUGGGGUUCGAAUUCCAGUUUAUUCAUAACUGCAACUUUGGUCAGUUUUGUUGGCCUUACGGUUACGUCUGCGUGUCAGCAGAUCUAUGGUGAACUCUACUGGAAUCCUCCCGACCUCCUUAUGCGAAUGAUGGACUCUGGACAAGGAAGCAGUAAAGCAAGGGCUGGCGUAUUCUUCCUUUCGCUUGGCUUCGCUUUGACGUCUGGAUUUCAGAACAUUUGUGGUAACGCUGUGGCUGGAGGCGUAGAUCUUUCGGGCGUGUUUCCUCGCUACAUUAACAUCCGCCGAGGAGCUGUUAUUACCUUCGUUGCUGCAUGGAUAUGCCAACCCUGGCAGCUCAUCAAUCGAGCCGACACAUUUCUUAGUGUCCUCUCUUCCUUCUCAGUUUUCCUUGCGCCGGUGAUGGGAAUCAUGUGCUGUGACUACUACGUGCUCAGAAGAAUGCGGGUCAAGCUGAGCGACCUUUAUGAUCUCCAUGGUUCAUACUAUUAUACUUGGAGUUUCAAUCUUAGGACUAUCCCUGUGUGGCUGGCUGGUUGGGCCCCAACAGUUGGUGGACUGAGUUACGUUGCGAGCGGAGACGAAAGUGGUCCCAGAGCAUUGUACCAGAUGUAUUAUUGCUCAUUCUUCAUAGGGUUUGGUAUUGCAUUUAUCCUAUUCUAUAUCGUCAACACGAUCUUCCCCCCUGGAAACUUGGGAGAGAUCGACGAGAUCGAUUACUUUGGGACAUUCACACCGGAGGAGGCACGGAAACUGGGCAUUGUUCCUCAUGUAGCGGGAAGCGUUGCUUCAGACGCUGCUUCUGUUGAGAAAGAAGGGGACUUGGCCGUUCUCGGAGUGAGUGAAGUAAAGUCUAACGUGGCAGAUCAUGCACUUUAG